GAUUGACGUCGUAGACGGAAAAGGGCGUCGCAUCUUCAUCAGGGCGGGAAAUCUACCACACAUGUCAACAACUAACACAGUUCGAAUGUUAACGCAUUUUAUCUAGCUACAGAGAGCCAUGCAGGCGUUUUUGAAAGGAACAUCUACUCAAGGCACCAGACCUCUGAAAGAGAAAGGUGCCGGGACCAGUGGAGAGAAGAAGCAGAAGUCUGUCCCCUGGGUUGAGAAAUAUAGACCAAAAUGUAUGGAAGAGGUGGCGUUUCAAGAGGAGGUGGUUGCUGUGCUGAAGAAGACUAUAGAGGGCGCUGAUCUCCCCAAUCUGCUGUUCUAUGGACCACCUGGAACAGGAAAGACGUCCACCAUCCUGGCUGCAGCCAGGGAACUUUAUGGGCCAGAGCUGUACCGACAGAGAGUCCUGGAGCUGAACGCCUCUGAUGAGAGAGGGAUUCAGGUGGUCAGAGAGAAAGUCAAGAGAUUUGCCCAGCUGACUGUAGCAGGACACCGCACUGAUGGGAAACCAUGCCCACCCUUUAAGAUCAUCAUCCUGGAUGAGGCUGACUCAAUGACCAACGCUGCUCAGGCUGCUCUACGCACCAUGGAGAAGGAGUCCCGGACCACCCGCUUCUGUCUCAUCUGCAACUAUGUCAGCAGGAUUAUUGAGCCCUUGACAUCCAGAUGCUCUAAAUUCCGCUUCAAACCUCUGGCCAAUCAGGUCCAAGAAGAGCGCCUGCUAGAAAUCUGUUACAAGGAGAAUCUCAAGUACUCGAAGGAGGGAAUUGCAGCGUUGGUGAAGGUUUCAGAGGGGGAUCUGAGAAAAGCCAUAACCUUUCUUCAAAGUGCUGCACGGCUGAACACAGAUAAUGAGAUCACGGAGAGCGCGGUCAUAGAGAUAGCAGGGGUUGUUCCCCCCAAGACGAUCGACAAUUUGCUUAAAAUCUGUUACAAGGGCACAUUUGAAAAACUAGAGAUUGCUGUUUGGAACAUGGUAGAUGAAGGCUAUGCCGCCACACAGAUCAUCAACCAGCUACACGAAGCCAUCAUAGAGGAAGAGCUGAAUGACAAGCAGAAGUCUGCCAUCACGGAAAAGAUGGCAGUGGUUGAUAAGUGUCUAGUGGAUGGUGCAGAUGAGUACCUGCAGAUGCUGAGUCUGUGUUCUGUGAUCUUGCAGCAAGCCACCCAGAGUAACUGACUCUACAACCUCGCCUCUCUUUAUGAACCAUUCCUCUAUGUUUACAUCCUAACCAACUGCUUUUUUUGGUACAUGUUUUUACUCAUUAAUCUAAAUGUUUUCCUUUAAAUACUGUAUUUAUUAAUCAAUGCUGUCAUACUUCAGGGGUCAGUUUCAUUAAAAAGUACUGUGAUUUCACAUCUGGGUUUUGAGUCAGUUAGGAAAAAAAACACAUGUAACCAUAUUUUAUAAAUAAAAAAAGAUAUGGAUGCUU